UGUUUCCACAUGUGACACCCAAAGGAAUCAAUGGCAUAGAUUUUAAAGGAGAAGCUAUAACUUUCAAGGCAACUACUGCUGGAAUCCUUGCUACACUCUCUCAUUGUAUUGAACUCAUGGUAAAACGUGAAGAAAGCUGGCAAAAAAGGCUAGAUAAGGAGAUAGAGAAAAGGAGAAGAAUUGAAGAAGCAUACAAAAAUGCUCUGACAGAACUGAAGAAAAAGUCCCACUUUGGAGGGCCAGACUAUGAGGAGGGUCCUAAUAGUCUGAUUAAUGAAGAAGAAUUUUUUGAUGCUGUUGAAGCUGCUCUCGAUAGACAGGAUAAAAUGGAAGAACAGUCCCAAAGUGAAAAGGUCAGAUUACACUGGCCAACAUCCUUACCUUCUGGAGAUGCAUAUUCCGCUGUGGGGAACCAUCGAUUUGUCCAAAAACCCUAUAGUCGCUCUUCCUCCAUGUCUUCCAUUGAUCUAGUCAGUGCCUCUGAUGAUGUUCACAGAUUCAGCGCCCAGGUAGAAGAGAUGGUACAAAACCAUAUGACAUACUCAUUGCAAGAUGUAGGAGGAGAUGCCAAUUGGCAGCUAGUGGUAGAAGAAGGAGAAAUGAAGGUAUACAGAAGAGAGGUGGAAGAGAAUGGAAUAGUUUUAGAUCCUUUGAAAGCAACCCAUGCUGUUAAGGGGGUAACAGGGCAUGAAGUUUGCCACUACUUCUGGAACGUCGAUGUUCGUAAUGACUGGGAAACAACAGUUGAAAAUUUCCAUGUUGUGGAAAAUUUAGCUGAUAAUGCAAUCAUCAUUUACCAGACACAUAAGAGGGUGUGGCCAGCUUCUCAAAGGGAUGUGCUGUAUUUGUCUGCCAUCAGAAAGAUACCAGCAUUCAGUGAAAAUGAUCCUGAAACAUGGAUUGUGUGCAAUUUCUCUGUGGAACAUGACAGUGCUCCUCUGAACAAUCGCUGUGUCCGUGCCAAAAUAAAUAUUGCUAUGAUUUGUCAGACGUUAGUAAGCCCACCAGAGGGGAACAAGGAAAUAAGCAGGGACAACAUCCUAUGCAAGAUUACAUAUGUAGCUAAUGUGAACCCAGGAGGAUGGGCACCAGCAUCAGUGUUACGGGCAGUGGCAAAACGAGAAUAUCCUAAAUUCUUGAAGCGUUUUACAUCAUACGUGCAAGAGAAAACAGCAGGAAAGCCGAUUUUAUUCUAG